UACUGGCGUCCACAGCGGCGGUAAUGGGCGGUGUUUGGCGUCACUUAGCCGGACCCUGCAGCCGCCACCGUUCACGCCGUAGCCCCGUCGGCUGUGUGCCGCCUGUCAACAUGGUUAUCUUGACGUGGGUUCGUCGGUGUCUUCCGUGGUUAUUUACCGAGGAGUCCUAGUGUGCUCCUCCGUGCCCGGCCUGCCUCGGUGAGCAGCUCCGUCUGAGCGUUUAGAUGCCUUGGCCAAGAUGAGUGUCAAGGCCUUCGAGCUCAUCCCGGCUGUGGAGCGGGACCUCCUCAUGGGCGAUAAGGCUCGCAUCAACAUCGAAUGUAUCGAAUGUUGCGGGAAGCACUUAUAUGUGGGAACCAACGACUGUUUCAUCCACCACUUCCUGCUGGACGAGGUUACCUCCGCCAAAGGGAAGCGGACUUACUCGGCCCAGAAACUGCUUCACAAGUACCUGGGCCUGAAGAAGCCGGUGGCGGAGCUGCGGGCCGCCUCGGCUCUGGAGCGCCUGAUCGUGCUGUGCGACGGCGUGGUGUUCCUCGUGGACAUGGUGACCCUGGAGACCGUGCCGUCGGCCGCGGGAGGCGGAGCCCGGAUCCGAGGCGUGACGGCGUUUUGCGUCAACGAGAACCCGGUGAACGGCGAUCCGUUCUGCGUAGAGAUGGGUGUCCUUUCCUCGAAGCGCAGGACUGUGCAGAUUUACAUGGUGUACGAGGACCGGGUGCAGCUGCUCAAAGAGGUGACCACGCCGGAGCAGCCCUGCGCCGUCUGUCUCGACGGCUACUUCCUGUGCCUGGCGCUGGCGACGCAGUACAUGAUCCUGAACUACCACACAGGAGCCGCCCAAGAUCUCUUCCCUUACAACAGCGAGGAGAGGAGACCCAUUGUGAAGAGGAUUGGUAGGGAGGAGUUCCUCUUGGCGGCGCCGGGUGGUCUUGGAAUGUUUGCCAAUGCAGAAGGGGCUUCCCAACGGGCGCCGGUCAGCUGGUCCGAGAACGUGAUUGGCGCGGCCGUCUCCUUCCCGUAUGUGGUGGCCUUAGACGAGAGCUUCAUCACCAUCCACAGCAUGCUGGACCAACAGCUGAAACAGACCCUUUCAUUCAGGGAUGGACACCUUCUACAGGACUUUGAAGGGAAGGUCAUUCUGGCGUCCACUAAAGCCGUGUACGUUCUGGUACCAAUGCCACUGGAGAGACAGAUCCAGGACUUGCUGGCCAGCCACAGAGUGGAGGAGGCGCUCAUCCUUACAGAGGGAGCGCAAAGAAAUAUUCCCAAAGAAAAAUUCCUGAUCUUGCACAAAAGAAUUCUGCAACAGGCAGGCUUCAUACAGUUUGGCCAGCUUCAAUUUGUAGAAGCGAAAGAGCACUUCUGGAAAGGUCAUCUGGAUGUGCGGGAGCUGAUUUCGCUCUACCCGUUGCUGCUGCCGGCGUCUUCUUCAUUCACACGCUGCCACCCUCCUCUGCACCAGUUUGCAGACCUCAAUCACUUGGCGCAGGGAGACCAGGAAAAAGUGUUGCUGUGCAAGAAGUUCCUGAUCAGCUAUUUGGCAGAGGUGCGAAGCACAGAGGUAGCAAACGGUUGCAGAGAGGACGUGGACACGGCAUUGUUGAAACUGUAUGCCGAACAAGAUCAUGAGAGCCUUCUGGACCUGCUGGCGUCAGACAAUGCCUGCCUGUUAGCAGACUGUGUCCCGUGGCUGGAGAAAUAUCACAAAUAUUUUGCACUCGGGCUGCUCUACCAUUCUAACGGCCAGGAUCCAGCAGCUCUUCAGAUGUGGACCCGUGUCGCUGACGGCCAUCUAGAGGAUUCUACAAGAACGGAUCUCUUUGACUACAUUGUGGACUUUCUCUGCUCCACGGCCAAUCUGGACCUCGUGUGGAAGUACGCAAACUGGGCGCUACACAAGGAUCCCGCUACAGCUGUCCACAUCUUUUCCAAGAGGUCCGGUGAUCAGGCCCAGGCAGACCUGAAGCCUGAUGAUGUCAUCGCAUACCUGGGAGAGCACAGAAAGGCUCUCCUCCUCUAUUUGGAACACCUGGUGCUUGAAAGGCGGACACAGAAGGAGAAAUUCCACACCCAUCUGGCAGUCUUGUACGUGGACAGGGUCUUGUCCCUGCUGUCGGACUCUCCAGCCAAUGAGGAGCAGCUGAGCAGCACCAGAGAGAAGCUCCAGGCUCUCCUCAGGGAGUCCAACCUGUACAGAGCCCAGCAUCUUCUAGGUAAGGUGGAAAAGUGCGAGCAGCUGCUGCUAGAGCGUGCGACGCUGCACGGGAAGCUAGAGGAGCACGACAAAGCGCUCGACAUCUUGGUGCACGAGCUGAGAGACUUCCCGUCUGCAGAGGCCUAUUGUGUUUGGGCUUCUUCCUCCCAGGACCCUGCUGCCCGACAACAACUGUUCCACCUCCUCCUGGGGGUGUAUCUCCAACAUUGCGCAGCCGGGGAAUCCCCGGCGCGUGGAGACCGCGGCGAUCUGGAGAUGGCGGCGGUGGACCUGCUGAAUCGCCACGGCGAGACGUUUGACGCGGUGCACGUGCUGAGGACUCUGCCGGACAGCUGGUCGCUACAGCUGCUGCGGCCCUUCCUGGGUCGAGCCAUCAGGGCCAACAUGCACGCCUCACGCACGUCCCGCCUCGCCCUCGGACUCGCCCACUCCGAGCACCUUCAACUACUGCAUGACAAGCUGAAAGAGACGAAGAAGCCGAUCACUGUGUCGGCCAAGAAGGGAUGCCACUUGUGCCACAACACCUUCAGCGAGCCCGACGUGGUGUGUCUGCCCGGCGGCGUGCCCGUCCACGCUCACUGCCUGGCCCAGAGAGUAAGAGACUCGCCCACAAAGAGACAGCUAACCAACAGCAACAAUCACACGUGAGGAAAAAAAGAAAACUGGGUUUUUGACGAGAGGCUCCAAAACAAGGAUGGUGAGGACGAGGGCAAAGCACAGAGGUCACUAAGACAGAAGGUUUUAUGUGAUGCACGUGCAGAAUGUUGUGCAGGUCAAAGUCAGCUCAACCCUCCUUUCAAGUAGCAGUGGAGUGGAAAAACAAGUUAACUUUAUUUAUACACUUACUUGUGUUUCAUUAUGUCCAUUAAACCAUAUCCAACUGUA